AUGGCACCUGCGUCUUUCCAGGUAGUAUCAGACCUCCACCUGGAGACUCUCCCAUCCUACGAGUUCGACAUCAAGCAGACGGCACCCAACAUAGCUUUGCUGGGCGACAUUGGCCGAGUCAUUGAUGAUGGACUUUUCACAUUUUUUGAGAGGCUGUUAAAUAAGUACUGGAACGUCGUGUUUCUUCUUGGUAAUCACGAGCCCCUUGGAACAAGUUGGGAAGCUGCAAAGACUCGGAUUCAUGCGUUCGCGGACAAGAUGGAAGAGCUCAGGGGGAGGUCUACCAUAGGCAGGUUUGUCUUUCUCGACAGGACACGCUUCGACCUCAACAACGACCUCACGAUUCUGGGCUGUACCCUGUUCUCCAACAUCGUCCCGCGACAAGCCACGGAUGUGGGCGACCGUCUAAUCGAUUUCAAACAAAUUCACGGGUGGACAGUGGCCGACCACAUCACUGCUCAUAGAAGGGAUGUGGAGUGGCUCAAUCAGCAAGUGUGUGAAAUCAAAGAGAGAGAGCCCCACAGAAGCAUUGUUAUCUUCACGCAUCAUAGUCCGACCAUCGACUACAGAGCCGUGAACCCAAGGCAUGCCAGCAGUUCAGUCUCAACGGGGUUUUGCUCGGACCUGGGCCAUGAGGCAUGUUGGAAGAGCGAGGCUGUUGUUUUCUGGGGAUUUGGGCAUACUCACUUCAACUGUGACUUUGUCCAAGACUAUGGUCAACGUGUCGUGGCAAACCAAAAAGGUUAUAAAGAGUGUUGGCAGGAUGAGUACGAUGCGAGCAGAAUAUAUAUCAUCGGCAGGGCUUGCAGCUCGGGAUUGCUCGACGUAUAG